ACCUGUCUUUAAUGGGCAUCAAAGAAUUAAUGAUCUCCUUCCUCGUAACAUUACACCUCUUCACCCUCCUCUUCAUCCCCACAAUACUAACCAGACUCGCCAUCGGAUUCCGGCCAGUAACCACAAUUCAUCUUCCUAAAUCCCAAAUUCCAUACCCUGUAAUUUUUGCCUACCGUAUCUCUGCGUCGAAGGGAGACCUUGCAAAGCUAAAACAUGCUUUGCAAGCAUUCUACCACCCGGGGAAUUACUACCUCUUCCACGUGGACCACAAUGCGAUGACGACAGAGCAUCUGGAGCUAAUCCAAUUCGUCUCCAGCAACCCAGUUUUUGCCGAGAUGGGUAAUGUUUGGGUGGUGCAGAAAUCGAAUUUGGUGACCUACAGAGGACCCACUAUGCUUGCCACCACUCUCCAUGCCAUGGCCAUGCUUCAGAGGACCUGCAAUUGGGACUGGUUUAUUAAUCUCAGUGCUUCUGACUAUCCCUUAAUUACUCAAGAUGAUCUGAUCCAUGCCUUCUCUGACCUGCCUAAAGAUCUCAAUUUCAUACAGCACAACAACCAUUUGGGUUGUUGGAAAAUGAAUAAGAGAGGAAAACCUAUCAUCAUUGACCCUGGACUCUAUAGCCACAACAAAUCAGAGAUCCGGCGGGUUAUAAAACAGAGGGCUCUCCCAACUGCUUUCAAGCUAUAUACAGGUUCUGCUUGGACUUUUUAAUAUUAACUACUGUUGUUGACGAAUUUUGAUUGCCUAUUCUAGCUUCAUUUUCAUGUUUUACUUUUGGGGCUUUAUAAUCUUAUAAGAUAUCCUCUUUA